CCUGUCAUGUGACCUCAGUCUUCUGAUUGUCAGCCAAUCAGCGGCCUUCCUGCCUCAGCUGUAGCCAAUCAGAUUGUCCGCAGCGCUAUUUGAACGCAGCCAGUCUGUCUCUCCAUGAACUGAGUUCUCCUGCAGUUUUAGCUACAGACGCUCUCAGAUUGUUUUUCCAGAGUUUUUUCCGCCUGAUUUCUUCUAUUCAUGUCCACCAUGGAGGUUCGAGCUGCGCCGCUGCAGGCCGCAGAGGAGACUCUGAAGAAGGGAAAAAGCUACGCAGCGGCUCCGAGGAGAGCUGCUCUGGGAGAGAUGACCAACUUCCCCGCAGCUGAGGCCAACAUGAAGAGGAGGGCAGCAUCAAAGAAGGCCUCCAAACCCUCCAGCUCCCAGAAACCUAAACCAGUCCAGGACUGUGGGGGUGUGGUCCAGGUUCCGGCUGCUGUCGAUCCGCUCACUGCUCUUCCAGAGGAGUCGGCCGACGUGUCCAUGAAGGAGGAGCAGGAGCUGUGCAGAGCGUUCUCUGAGACGCUGCUGGCGGUGCAGGAUGUGGACGAGCAGGACGCAGACAAGCCUCAGCUCUGCUCUAAAUACGUCAAAGAUAUCUACGCGUACCUGCACCUCCUGGAGGUGCAGCAGGCCAUACGCCCGGACUACAUGAAGGGCUUGGAGAUCACGCCGCAGAUGAGGGGGAUCCUAGUCGACUGGAUGGUCCAGGUUCACUCCCGCUUCCAGCUGCUGCAGGAGACCCUGUACCUCACCGUGGCCGUCCUGGACCGCUUCCUGCAGGUCCAGCCGGUGUCCCGGAGGAAGCUGCAGCUGGUCGGGGUCACGGCCAUGCUGGUGGCCUGUAAGUACGAAGAGAUGUACUCUCCGGAAGUAGGAGACUUCGCCUACAUCACAGACGGCGCCUUCAGCAAGCCUCAGAUCCUGGAGAUGGAGCAGCUGGUCCUGAGGAGGCUGAACUUCCAGCUGGGACGGCCGCUGCCACUGCACUUCCUCCGGCGGGCCUCCAAGGUGGCCAGCGCUGACAUAGAGAAACACACUCUGGCCAAGUACCUGAUGGAGCUGACCCUCCUGGACUACGAGCUAGUCCACUACCGGCCUUCUGAGAUCGCCGCUGCCUCCUUGUGUCUCUCCCAGCAGCUGCUGGGCGGGCUGCCCUGGUCGGCCACGCAGCAGCACUACUCCACCUACGACGAGGCUCACCUGAAGCCCAUCAUGCAGCACCUGGCCAAGAACGUGGUGAUGGUGAACGAGGGGAGGACCAAGUUCCAGGCCGUAAAGAAGAAAUACUGCAGCAGCAAACUGAUGAAGAUCAGCCUCCUUCCUCAGCUGAGCUCCUCCAUCAUCCAGAAGAUGGCGGCUCCUCUCAUCAAAGCCUCCUGAGACCUGUUUUAUUUUAUUUUUUUAAAGAGACUUUUUCACUUGCACUUUACUGGAUGGGUUCUCUGAACUGGACCGACCCGCUGCUCUACUGGUUCUGUUGGUUUUGUUGUGUUUUUAAGCAGUUCAGCAGAAACUGCGGGGAAUUGUGAAUCUUUGCUGUUUUUUAAUAAAGUUUAAAUUUCCUAGAAGGUU